AGAAAUAAGUUUGAUUAUAAAACAAUUUUAUAUUAAUUAACAUGAGUAAUAUCAGGGAUAUAACCACGUUAUCAGACUUAUUAAAUACCUCGCCUAGUCCACAUGAAAAGUCACCAAGAUCAUCCAACGAUGUGAGUGAUUCACCAACCCCGGAAUCCACUAAUGUGAAAGAAUUACUUGAGGCACAGAGUGAAAAGCUUAGAGUCACGACACAACGUGAUGGACUACUUGCCAAAAGAGCAACUCUCAAGGAGGAGAUAGAAGCAUUGCGAAUCAGAGCAGGUCGACUACUUCGACAACAAAAGCAAUCUAAUGCUCAAAAACAACUCGAGCAGGCUCUCGAGAGAAAUGAUCAUCGGAACAAUACCAUUCAAAGUCCAUCUUUACCUGAAACGGUGGAAGAUGAUGCUUCAGAAAUUAUACGAAAAUUGAAUGUUCUUCCCUCAGAAGAUUGGAAUGAACGAUUGGUUUAUAUCCGGAAACUUUGCCCCUACAUGACUCUUAAAACUGCAACUACAACCACGGUGGAAAACGUCCGUAUCAUACAUUACACUGUUGCAGCUCAAGUUGAACAAGAGAAACUCUUCCUUCUUGAAGUUGAGGUGAAAGUGUCGUCCCUAAAUGAUUCUGUCGUUUCGAUAGUACUUCCAAAUCGAGAAACCCAACUCCUUCCAAUUUCUCUCAUUUCUCAAUCAUAUUGUACCAUUCUUAUAAACAAUUACAUUCCUAAUAAGAAGCUUAAUCUACUCAUGUAUAGUUUCAACUCUUUAGCUGAAAUGGUUCAUACAAGAAUGAUAUCCUUCCUCAAAAUUAAAGAAGAUUACCCCGACCUUAUCUCACAAUCCAAAUCUAACACCAUUACAAGAACUACAAAUGUUUUAGAAUUGGAAGUAAAGAAAGAUGAUGAAAUCCAUAUAAUCCGAUUGCAUUGGGAUUUGGUAUUGAACGAGUAUGUUACUGGUGAGGUCGAGUCUGAUAUCCGACUCCAUGUUGGUAUGAACAAUGAUGAAAAUACUAGAGAUGCAACUAAAUUAUUUGUGCUGCUUGUUAAAGAAAUGACAGUUCAUCUGGCCCUACGUGUAUUCUUGAAGACUUCAUUGGGUUACAACAAUUCUUAAUUUUAUUUAUUGUGCGAGGACUCGUUUCUUUUUCAUUGUCAGUCAUAUACAUAUAAGUAAAAAUACAUAAUUAAUACAUAAUCC